AUGGCCCAGCUCCGCCUCACCGACUUCUUUGGCCGCACCAAAGCGGCCACCGGCGCUCCAGCCAAGCACAGCAGCGGCAGGAGCCGGCUAAAGGCGGCCAUUACCGGGCCCCAGGUGCACCGAGAGACGGACAAUGAGGAGGACGGUGCCUUGGUGGGAUUCUCCGCUUCUUUGCGUACCCCGGCCCGCGGUGGCUCCCCGGCGCUGCGGGGAUUGGCGGGGAGGAAACGGAGCCGCCGGGAGAUGGAACCGGACUCGCCGCCGGUGGCGGGGGGAACUCGAUCUGGGGAACCGAAAGAGAAAUCGGCGCGGAAGAGGCUGGAGAUGCACCGGGAGACGGAGACGGAGCUGCUGGCUGCAGACACCAGCCCCUCAUCUCUGACCACUGCCUGUCCCCUGAUGUCACCCUCGCUGGAGCUGGCAGCAGACACCUCAGCUAGCACCCCCAGCCAGGGGCAGGAUGGAAGGACACAGCCUGGCACAGCCACCCCAGGGACAAGCAGGCGCCUGCAGCGGGAGGACCUGGCUGGGCUGCAGACUCGCUUGCAGAGGGUGAAGGCACUGGCCCAGCUGGCCCAGCUGGCACCAGUUCCUGCUGGGGUCAACACUGAGUUGCGGAGCUGCCUGGAGCGAGUGCGGCACCUGGAGCAGCGGAUCCGUGAGAAGAAAGUUGGAAGCAAAGCCACGCCAGGAGAACAGCCAUCUGGGAACACCAAGGUGGCAGCUCCUGCAGCAGAGGCUAGCAGUGAGAAGGUCCCUGCAUACCAGCGGUUCCACACCCUCGCUCAGGACGUGCCCCCUGGGCUCACGCUGCCCUACAAGUUCAAGGUGCUGGCAGAGAUGUUCCGCAGUGUGGACACCAUUGCUGGGAUGCUCUUCAACCGUUCUGAGACCAUCACCUUCACCAAGGUCAAGCAGGGGGUGCAGGACAUGAUGCACAAGCAGUUUGAGGAGCGGCACGUGGGGCAGAUCAAGGCUGUGUACCCCACCUCGUACAGGCUGCGCCAGGAGAAGAACAUCCCCACCUUUGGUGGUGGCAUCAAGAAGUCAGACUACCAGCUGACACUGGAGCCGGUGCUGGAGGAGGAGGAGAAGGUGGAUGGCCGCCCGCACUUGUCGUCGUCACGCCUGCUGGAGCGCCGGAAGGAAUUCCACCGCAACCUGGUGAACAUUGUCAAGCAGCACCACAAGGCAUUCCUGGCCACCCUCAACCCUCCCAUGGUGGUUCCAGAGGAGAAGCUGACCCGCUGGCAUCCCCGCUUCAACGUGGACAAGGUGCCAGACAUCAGCCCAGCGGAGCUGCCACAGCCACCCCAGGGAGAGAGGCUCAGCACCGCCCAGGAGGUGCUGAGCACUGCUCGGGGGAUGCUGACCCCCAAGAUGGAAAAAUCUCUUGCCAACCUGGCCUUGAGGACCGCUGAAGCCAGUGCGGGGGAACCGGUGGUUUCCAAAGCACCAUCCCCUGCCAGCACCUCCAGCGCUCUCAAAGGGGUGUCUCAGGCCCUGCUUGACAGGAUCCGGGCGAAGGAGGCGCAGAAGCUGCAGGCGCUGAUGACCAGGGCCCCGCAGCAGGAGCAGCGCCUCGCCAUGCUGGGCCGGCUGCCGGCCAUGGCCCGCGUCCUGCGCAACGUCUUUGUGGCAGAGAAGAAGCAGGCCCUGACCAUGGAGGUGACUUGUGCCCGCAUGGCUGACAGCUACGAAGUCCAGAUGUCUCCUGGUGAGAUGGAGAAACACUUGAGGCUCUUUGCAGAGCUGCUGCCAGACUGGGUGGGGAUCCAUGUGAUCAGGACGGACACCUACAUCAAGCUGGACAAAGGGAAGGACCUCGGACUCAUCACUGAGAGGCUUACCAAGGUGGCCAAGGAGGAAGAAACUCUCUGA